AUUGACAAUUAAUUUAGUAAUUUGACGUAUAUUUUAUUAUUUUAAUUAAAAACCUUCAAAAUUCUUGUUUUUGAAAAUGUCCGAUGAAGAAGCUCCAGAAGGUCAAGAAGGUCAAGAAGGUCAAGAAGGUCAAGAAGGUCAAGGCGAACCAACUCAGCCUGGAUUACCAACAGAUGAAGACGAACCUGCUCCACAAGCUCGGCCAACAACCACAGAUCCUUUGAACACGGAGUUUCUUUACUACAGCGCAGUCUUACGAGUUUUUGGACCCACAUUAUCUAAGGAAGGUGAUAGAAGAUAUAUUAUUCCUUGGGUGCGUAAAUUAUUUAGGCCUGAGUAUCAAAGUUCGAAACUUAGAGAAAAGAGAAAUAGAUACUUAGGUUAUCUUAUUACCUCGCUUCUUUUGGAUGAGGCAAUAGAUAUAUUUAAUGUACUCCCUCCAGAAGGUCCUUUACCUGAUCUACAUGCAGUACAUCCUGCACCCGUAGCAGCUGCUACUUGGGAAACCGACAAUAUGUGGCAAGAUACUUUGCAAAAUUUACCAGAAGAUUUUAAUUUGCUUGAUUGUUUUCUUCAUGAUGACCCAGAACAUUGUAAAAAGGAUCAUCAGUUUGAUAAAAUUUUAGAUCAGGAGUUUCAGCUGUUUCUUUAUAUAGCGAAACCCUAUGCAGCCAUGAUUGAAGGUGGUGCAGAGAGAACUCGGGUAGCGGCAUGGUUGCAGAUUCUAUGUUCCAUACAUGGUAAUCUAUGUUGUUCUAAAAUGAAAGCUAUCAGAAACGAUUAUAUGAUGGCACUAAUAGGGUAUUUACAAGAUCUUAGGGCCGUUGGUCCAUUUGCAGAAUACCCUUCCUGGCAAACAUUGAAACCCUUAGCGGAAGCAGCAAAAGCGGCUGCCGAAAAUAGUCCUAUAACUGACCCAACUGGAUGCUAUGCAAACGAGUUUCUCGCAGAGCAGCCGAUGCCAGAUGACGGCGCUUUCUGUUACAUCGCGAUUAGCGGCGAUUUGGUAACUAACAACUUGACUCAGACCUAAAGUUUCAAAUCUGUUACGUAUAAUUAGAAAUCCGGUUGGGAAUUUGUAAUUUUGUGUCAAAUAAAGUUUUGUUUGAUGAUG